AUGGAAGGCCGGCGGAGUUGGGAUGGUGUGCCUUUGGGGGAGUCGCAUUCGCCGCCGCAGUCGGUGCCGGGCCGGCGGACGCCGCUCGGAGCCGUGGGUCUUGGAGGCUUCUACAUGCAAGGUGGUCAGCCACCGCCACCUCCUCAACACUGCUACCCCACCGACGAGAAUCAGCCCGAACCGGGGACUAGCUACGCUCAGAGACCCAUUGGCGAUGGAAAAGGCAAACAGAAGAUGCGACAAGGCAAGACUGUGCGACUCAAUAUAAACGCCAGGGAACGAAGAAGAAUGCACGAUUUGAACGAUGCAUUAGAUGAGCUCCGUAGUGUGAUCCCAUACGCUCACUCACCGUCCGUCCGCAAGUUGUCCAAAAUCGCCACGCUGCUGCUUGCCAAGAACUACAUCCUCAUGCAGGCCAGCGCUCUCGAGGAGUUGCGAAGGUUAGUGGCGUACCUACAAGGUACAGCAACAGCAGCCGGUAUCGUGCCCCCGCCCGGCUUCGACCUAGCCGGGUUCCCAGCAGCCAACAAGCUGCUUCAACCACCCGCGCCCGGCCCUCCCGCACCCCCGGAGCCGCCCUCUUGA